GACAGCAUAAGCAAACAAGAAAUCACAAGCGCAGCGCAGAGGGUUUAAAAGCAGAUUGUGUCCGUUUUUCUCCUUCUCCUGCUACUAGGGUUUUAAGGCAUCAUAUUCUCGCAGCAGCAGCAAACAACCAAAUGGCGUUCUGGGGAAUUGAAGUGAAACCAGGAAAGCCGUAUAUUCACAAGUACGACGACGAGCAAGGGAGGCUCCAUGUUUCUCAGGCAACUCUAGGCGAUUAUUCAUCAACAAAGAGGAUUCUACUUCAGUGUACUGCAGGAGAUAAGAGCCCUGUUUACUUGUGCUCCUUGCUGCCGGGCAAAAACGAGACUUGCUCAUUGAAUAUUGAAUUUGAGGAGGAAGAUGAAGUAACCUUAUCUGUUGUUGGGCCUCAUAGCGUGCAUCUGUCUGGCUAUUUCUAUGGUCAAAGUGAGGAUCAAUGUGGACAUGACCAUGGGAUCGAUGGUUAUGGGGAAGAUAUCGAUAUCGGGUCGUCUGACAGUGAGUAUGAAGAGUCUUCUGACUAUGAUUUGGAGGAUGACGAGGACGAUUCCAUUGACGAGGAUAUGGAUUUUUUCCCGCCUGCCACUGUUCCCAAAAGUGGAGUGAGGAUUGAGGAGAUAAUUGAUGAUGAGGAACCUGUGAAAGAAAAUAAUGGGUCACGGCUAAAGAAAAAAAAGAGCAAGUCAGUUGGGUCCGAUGACAAUGAUAAUUCCCAGAAACAAAUUGCUGUCAGGAGUGGUAUUGAUUCUUCAGUCAUGGAAAGUGAAGACGAAGAUGGAUUUCCAAUAUCUACUCCUGGUACCAAAGAUACUUCUGUCCAGAACACAGGAGAAAAGAAAGUAGCAGACAAAGCUACAGAAAAGAAGGGAAAGGAUAACGAUGCUAGUAUAAAAAGCAUCAAAAGAAAGAUUCAAGCUGUUGCUGAGGAUGUGAAUCAGCUGAGAGAGCCUGGCCAGUCGUUGGGUGGAUCUGCUGACCAUGAAAUCGAUGAUAAACAAGCUAGGAUGAAUAAGAAGAAAAAAACAAGGGGUACAGAGGAAAAAGUUCAGGAAUCAGUUAUAAAAAGUGAUAUCGCCGUCUUGCCUGCUGAGGUACCUACCACUAAUGUGAAUCAGGAGGCGGCAAAUGAAAAUAAAAGUGAGGUGCCAACCAGUAAAAGGGAGAAGAAAAAGAAGAAAAAAGGCAAAAAGCAGGAUAGUGUAGCGGAGGCAAAUGGACUGGAGAAUCUUUCUGAAAACAAUGCGUCCAAUAUGAACAUCAAGGAAAAAAAUGAAAUCAAGCCACUUCAAGAAAGGACUUUUCCUAAUGGAUUAGUGAUUCGGGAGUUAGGAAUGGGUAAACCAGAUGGGAGGAAGGCAACUCCUGGGAAAAAGGUUAGUGUACAUUACACUGGUAAGCUGAAGAAGAAUGGCAAGAUAUUUGAUUCCAAUGUUGGCAGAGCUCCAUUUAAGUUUCGCCUUGGCAUAGGACAAGUGAUUAAAGGAUGGGAUGUUGGUGUGAAUGGUAUGCGCAUUGGUGACAAAAGAAGGCUUACAAUUCCGCCAGCUAUGGGUUAUGGGAGCAAAGGUGCUGGUGGAUCCAUACCACCAAACUCGUGGCUUGUUUUUGAUGUUGAACUGGUGGACGUAAACUAAUUAGCUUCUUACUGCAUGAGGUGUUAGAUUCGAAAUUUUAAUGCACAUACCAGAGAGCUCUAGAGCCUGCUUUAAAAGGGGAUGCAUUGGAACUUUUUGUUUUUCUUGUCGUGCUAGUUACAUUGUUUCUUACAAAUUUUGGUUAUCAUGAUAGAAUUUUUAUGUUUGUGGUCUUGUUCACAGUGGCACUUUUUGAGAAAUAUUUUUACUCAGUAAAAGUAAAAGGCUUGCAGGUUUUGAUUGUUAAAA